AAAGUCGAAAACUAUAAAGAAUAGGGCGCAGAGUGCAAAUUGAUUGAAUUCCUGCUUAGCGCCUCCACCCCGGACGGCCGACCAGUAAUCCGCCUCCGUCGAGAACCGUCCUCGCCAUUUUUCAUGGCUAUAAUAUUUACAACUAGGAAGUCAAUUAUAAAGACGCUUUUACCCUCUCCGUCAAGAUUAAUCCCCUACAUAUCCUCUUCUCCCUUCUCCACUCUUGGCCGUCAGCACCUCCGCCCAAUCGGCGGCCAGACACCUCCGGUGGCCAAGAAAGUUCCUUUCACGGUUUCCGCACAUGGGAAGUCCUGGGUCGACCCGUAUCACUGGAUGCGCAACCGGGAUGACCCGGAUUUCAUCACCUAUCUCCAGCAAGAGAACUCCUAUGCCGAGGCUUUCAUGGAGGACACUCACGAGGUGCAGAAGACUCUGUACACUGAGAUGAUUUCUAGAAUGCCCUCCACAAUUCUCACCCCUCCUGAACCCUGGGGUCCCUGGAUAUACUACCAGUACAUUCCAGAAGGGAAGGAGUUUCCCGUCUUAUGUAGGAAGUUGGCUGCUGAUAGUAAAGGUUGGAUGGGGACAAUAGCCAAUCGUAUAAGAAGUGCAUAUAAGAAAGAGGACAUAUUGCUUGACUGGAAUGAGAUUGCUGAAAAUUAUGGAUAUGUUCAUGUAGGUACAUGUCGAGUCUCACCGGACCAUAAUUUCCUAGCGUACACAAUUGAUAUUAGUGGUGGUGAGGAGUUUGUGCUUCAAAUUAAAGAUCUUCGAAGUGACUGUGUUCUUCCGAAUUUGAAUAUCAAUGGAGUCGUAAGCUUGGAAUGGGCUCAAGAUGCUCGUACUUUAUUCUAUACAUUGACUGACCAACAACAACGACCAUACAGGCUACAGAGCUUACGUCUUGGAUCAGAUUGUAUGGAUCAUGAAGCACUGUUCACUGAAAAUGAUUCCAAUUUCUGUUUAGAUAUUGCAAGUACAAAAGAUGGAAAAUUUAUUACUAUGAAUUCUAAUUCGAGGACUUCAUCCGAGGUUUAUUUCAUAAAUGCAACCAAUCCACAAACGGGACUUAAAAAAUUUUGUAACCGUGUCUCGGGUGUACAAUACUUCUUGGAACAUCAUCGUGGUUAUUUUUAUGUCCUUACGAAUGCUCCUAUUAUUGACGAUAUGGCCUUGCCUGAAAGUGGGAAUUUUUACUUGGCUAGAUGCCGGGUAGAAAAUUCUCAGUCAACCAAUUUGCAAAACAUCAUUGUACCAAGUGGAGAUAUUUUCUUGAAAGAUAUGGAUAUGUUUAACGAACAUCUAGUGCUUUUUGUCGACAAAGAGGGUUCCUCGUCGAUAUGUUCCAUUCCGAUGAAAACUAUUGUCAGUUGUGAGAAACAAAAGGACAUCGAGGAUCUAAGUCCAUGGUUCUUUCCUCUCCCCUCGGAUAUGUGCUCGGUAUCUCCGGGCUCUAACCACGAUUUCAUGAACUCAGUAUACCGUGUUAUUGUUUCAUCUCCAGUGAUGCCUGAUGUUAUUGUUGACUAUGAUAUGUCAAGGAAAUCGUCCAAUGUUGUGAUGCAAGAGGAAUUAACGAAUAUCUCCUCUAGGAACGACAAUCGACUGGAGGAUAGGCGGGGAUGUGAGAUUCAAAAAACCGAAGGGCAUAUAUGGAGAGAUGUUUCUCGAAUCUAUGCUUGUGAAAGUAAAGAAGUUAUCUCCCAUGAUGGAGUGAGGAUUCCUUUGACUAUCUUGUUCUCCCGAAAAGCACAUCGAAAGGGUCGGUCUCCUGCACUUCUGCAUGCAUAUGGAGCGUACGGUGAGAUUGUGGACAAAAGCUGGUGUGCCGACCGUUUAUCCCUACUUGAUCGUGGUUGGGCAAUAGCGUUUGCCGAUGUUAGAGGUGGCGGUGGCGGUCCUCAUCCCUCGUGGCAUAGAUUCGGGAGUGGAUUGAACAAGUUAAACUCUAUUCACGACUUUGUUUCCUGUGGACAUUACCUCGUUAACGAGGGCUAUGCACAUGGAAACAAACUCGGUGCUGCUGGAAUUAGCGCGGGAAGUCUUCUCGUUGGAGCAGCCAUCGGAUUACAUCCCGGACUAUUUCAAGCCGCAGUUUUGAAGGUUCCUUUCCUUGAUAUAUGCAAUACAUUAUUGGAUCCCACUUUACCUCUCACAAUCUUGGACUAUGAAGAAUUUGGGAAUCCUCAGAUUGAGUCUUACUUCAAUUAUAUUCUGAAGUAUUCUCCUUACGAUAACAUUUCUCAUGAACUAUGCUUUCCCGCAACGCUUGUCACAGCCUCGUAUAAUGACUCCAGAGUUGGUGUCUGGGAAGCUGCGAAAUGGGUUGCCAAGAUCCGAGACGAAGCAUGUUCAAGGUGUUGUGGUUCAGUUAUCCUACAAACGGAUAUGAAUGGAGGACAUUUUAGCGAAGGUGGCCAUCUUGGCCAUUGCGAAGAAGCAGCCUAUGAAUAUGCCUUUCUUAUCAAGGCUCUGGGGGACCUUUAAAGAGAUGAAAUAAGAAGUGCAAAUGAAGUUUUUGGCAUUUAGAGAUUUAUGAACAAAAUGCUUAUUUAUCAAACUGUUUUUCAUACUAGCUUUUUGUUAGGUUGGAACUUGAAUCUCUAAAUAGCAAGAAAAAUUUAAAA